GCACCGCCCACCGCAGCGUCCAGAGCGUUCAGAGUAGACACUGCACUAGCGUUACAGCAGCACAGCAGGCAGCUAGCAAACUAGCAACCAAGGCUGUGAUGGCUGCAGUAGGAGCCCCGGGGCCCGGGGCCACAGCCUGUGUGACCAAGGUGGCGCUGAGCAUCUCUUGUGCGAAUUUACUGGACAUGGACACCUUCUCAAAGUCCGACCCUGUGUGUGUGCUGCUCAUGAACACCUCAGGGGCACAGUGGUCUGAGGUCGGCAGAACAGAGAUCAUCCAGAACUGCCUUAAUCCUCAGUUCUCCAAGACUCUUGUCCUCGACUACUACUUUGAGAUGGUGCAGAAGCUGAGGUUUGAAGUGUAUGAUAUCGACAGCGAUAGCGGCAGUCUGAGAGAGGCUGACUUCCUGGGAGAACUGGAGUGUACCUUGGGACAGAUUGUGUCGUCAAGGAAAGUAACGAAACCACUUGUUAGGAAGAACAAGACUCCUGCGGGGAAAUCAACCAUUACUAUAUCUGCAGAAGAAAUGACGGACAGCAGGGUGGUGUCACUCGAAGUUUCCGCUAGAAAACUGGACAAAAAGGAUUUUUUUGGAAAAUCUGACCCAUUCCUGGAAUUUUACAAGGAGACAGAAACUGGAUGGCAGCUGGCUCAUAGGACAGAGGUGGUGAAAAACACCCUAAAUCCGACAUGGAGACCUUUUCGAAUCUCCCUGCAAUCAUUAUGUGGAGGUGACGUGGAGAAAUCUAUAAAGGUAGACUGUCUCGACUACAACAACAGCGGAUCUCACGACUUCAUUGGAUCCUUCCUGACCACAGUCAGUCAAAUACAGGAUGCAUCGAAAACGUUUGCGGCUGAGUUUGAAUGCAUCAAUAGCAAGAAGAAACAGAAGAAGAGAAAUUACAAAAACUCUGGAGUCAUCGUCGUUAAACAAUGCAAGAUAGUGAAGGAGUACACGUUUCUGGAUUACAUAAUGGGUGGCUGUCAGAUCAACUUCACCAUCGCCAUUGAUUUCACAGGCUCCAACGGAGAUCCCAAGUCCCCGCUCUCGCUCCACUACAUCAGCCCUCAGGGCUAUAAUGAGUACCUGUCAGCUAUCUGGGCAGUUGGUAAUGUCAUCCAGGAUUAUGACAGUGACAAGAUGUUUCCUGCUUUUGGGUUUGGAGCCCAGAUCCCUCCUUCAUGGCUGGUUAGUCACGAGUUCCCUCUCAACUUCAAGCCAUCGAAUCCAUUUUGUGCAGGUAUAGAGGGUGUGGUUGCCGCCUACCGUCAGUGUCUGCCACAGGUGAAGCUUUACGGUCCCACAAACUUUUCCCCAAUCAUCAAACACGUGGCCCAUUUUGGAAAACAGGCGUUGCAGCAGGACACUGCAUCCCAUUACUUCGUUCUGCUGAUCAUCACCGACGGAGUGAUCACGGACAUGGACGAGACGCUCAACGCCAUCGUCAAAGCCUCUCGGCUGCCCAUGUCCAUCAUCAUCGUCGGGGUUGGAGGAGCGGACUUCAGUGCCAUGGAGUUGCUGGACGGAGACGAUGGCAUUUUGCGCUCGGCUACAGGCGAGGCUGCCAUGAGGGACAUUGUGCAGUUCGUGCCAUUUAGGCAGUUCCAAAAUGGUCCUCAAGAAAUGCUUGCGAAGAGCGUCCUGGCAGAAGUCCCGGAUCAGUUAUCAGGCUUCUUCAACACCAUGAAUCUGAGGCCGCCCCAAAGUGACACUCCUCUCUCCGACCUCCCAGCAUCUGCACCACCCAGCGAUUUGUGCUGAGGUCUAACCCUCCUCCUCCUCCUCCUCCUCCUCCUCCUCCUUCUCCUCCAUAUCCAUGCUUCAACUCUCCAGUCAUUUCUUAUCUGCAUUGUUUCAGUAGAGUCCGUUUUAACUCUAAUGUUGUGUCAGCCAUAUCAGCAUGUGUGGUCCGUAAACACUAUGAAUCAGAUAUAGUGUGUAGCCAUAGUACACCGAUAUUGUCUGUUGUGACAUUUUUAACAGAUGCCUAACAAAGAUUUAUUUUAUCAUUUGCAUUUUAUGUGCCAGGAUUAUUAAGAGAUUUGUACUUUUUUACCUUGUUUCUAAGGAAUUUAUUUAAUUUUUUUGUGGAACAACUAAGCCAGCUAAUACUAGUCAUCUAAUUAGUGUUUCCACAAGAAAGGGGAAUUUGUUUGUUAUUAAGUUCUGUCUUAAAAUGAUCAACCCCUGUUUUUUCACAGUUUGAUGUCAGAUCUACAGAUUUUACCAAAUAUGUUUCAGGUAUGCUUCAAUAAUGUUUACACAAUAACUCGACAUUAAGUACUGUUUAAAGGAACAAUUGAAGUAAAUUUUACACUUCAAACUGUUGCUGAUUUUGUACUUUUUUUAUAUACAAAUUUGAUUAUAGUGUCUGUUUGAUUUGAUUCUUGAGCAGGUUUUUGUUUCCAUGUAAACAUAAGGAGAUUAAUGAUGGUCCAUCUCUGUUUCUACAUAUAUAUGUGUCAUACGUUCACUCUGUCUAAAGUUGAAGCCAUACAACUUCUCUGUUUACAGACUGUUAGGAAAACAGCCCAGUACAUUUCACUAAGUAUAUACAUUUAGUUGUUGAGUAUACUGAUUAUUGUGAUACUGUCUCACAGUAUGUGGUUUACCUUUAUUUGUCAUAUCUGUUGAUUUAUCAGUACCUUACAUUAAUGUACUUUGCAAUGCAAGUAAUAUAAUCUGCAUGAGAUGCCUGCUUCUACUUCAUUUUUUUAAAUUUAAAAUUUAAGAUUUUUGCUUACACUGCAAAUAAAAUACAACUAUAUUAAACACUAACGUUACAUGAAUUCA